AUGAACACCAUGGAGCCCAGGUUGAGUAUCGACCAUAUUGACAAUGUCACCCUCAACGUGACAGCCAGUGACAUGAACGUGACAGGCAUCGCCCAUAUCAUGAUCCCUCAGGAACUGUUCCUGAUGCUGGGCUUGAUAAGCCUCGUGGAGAACAUCCUCGUUGUUAUAGCCAUCAUCAAGAACACAAACCUGCAUUCUCCGAUGUACUACUUCAUCUGCUGCCUCGCCGUGUCAGACAUGCUGGUCAGCAUGAGCAACGUCGUGGAGACGAUGUUCAUACUGCUCACGGACCACGGCCUUUUAAGUGUGACGGCAAAGAUGCUGCGCCACUUGGACAAUGUCAUCGACAUCAUGAUCUGCAGCUCUGUGGUGUCCUCGUUGUCCUUUCUGUGCACCAUCGCAGCUGAUCGCUACAUCACUAUUUUCUACGCCCUGCGCUACCACAGCAUAAUGACCACGCAGCGUGCCAUCGCCAUCAUCGUGAUCGUUUGGCUGACCAGCAUCACCUCCAGCUCGCUGUUUAUCAUCUACCACACCGACAAAGCGGUCAUCGCCUGCCUCGUCACCUUCUUCAGUGUCACGCUGGUUUUCACAGCGGUUCUCUAUUUGCAUAUGUUCAUCCUGGCAUACGUGCACUCCAAACGUAUCAUGGCUCUUGAUAAAAACCGGCGCCAAGCCACCAGCAUGAAAGGCGCCAUCACGUUGACCAUCCUGUUGGGGGUUUUUAUCAUUUGCUGGGGUCCGUUCUUUCUGCACCUGAUCCUAAUCCUGACAUGUCCAACAAACCCUUAUUGCAGGUGUUACUUUAGUCAUUUCAACCUUUUCUUAAUUCUCAUAAUAUGCAACUCUCUUAUAGACCCUUUGAUUUACGCGUAUCGGAGUCAAGAACUGCGAAAGACGCUUAAGGAAAUAGUUUUUUGCUCUUGGUGCUUUGUCAUGUAA